AUUCAUGUUCACAUGAUCGCCGAGAAAGUCUACUUACCAAUGAAACUCUGUAUGGCAAAGGACAUUCAAUAUUUUAUCCAGCGUCUCAAAGUAGGAAACCCGCUAUUCUUAAUUUUCUGAUGGAAGAAGAAAUAGCACGUUUAUUGGUGCAAAGAGAAUUACAACAUUCAGAAUCUGAAAAGUUUAUUCUGGGCUCCUGUCUAUCAGGAAGUGAGAUACUCUUGAAAGUCAUGCUGGAAUUGGACAAGGAUUUGCCAAUCGGAGGUUUGAAAGAUGAAGAGGGAGUCACGCCGUUGAUGCG